CGGAAACGCGUUUGUGCCACGGUUGUGGUCCACUUCUUACCUUUCGCUUAACCACCAUGGGUAUUCCGAAGUUCUUCCGAUAUAUUUCAGAACGGUACCCUCUCACUUCACAAUUAAUCCAGGAGAACAAAAUUCCUGAGUUCGACAACUUGUAUCUCGACUUUAACGGUAUCAUACACAAUUGUUCACAUCCAAACGACGAAGAUGCACAUUUCAGAUUAUCAGAGGAGCAAAUUUUUACCUCAAUAUUUGCCUACGUCGACCAUCUUUUCGGUAAAGUUAGGCCCAAGAAACUCUUUUUCAUGGCGGUCGAUGGUGUAGCUCCAAGAGCAAAGAUGAAUCAACAACGUAGUCGUCGUUUUCGAACUGCGAAAGAAGCUCGGGAGGUUAGGGAGAAAGCAGAGGCGAAAGGAGAGAAACUACCCGAUGAGAAAGCCUUCGACAGCAACUGCAUAACUCCUGGUACACCUUUCAUGGCGAAACUAUCUGAACAGUUGCGUUACUUCGUCAACAAAAAGAUUACGGAAGAUUCGAAUUGGCGGGAUGUGGAGGUCGUGCUUUCAGGACACGAGGUCCCAGGAGAAGGGGAGCACAAAAUCAUGGAGUACAUUCGUCUUGCUCGUGCCCAACCUGAUUACAACCCCAAUAUGCGACACUGUCUCUACGGCCUCGAUGCAGAUCUUAUCAUGCUUGGUUUACUCAGCCACGAUCCGCAUUUCUGUCUUCUUCGAGAGGAAGUCAAGUUUGGCCCUGCACGCAAGAAGAGUAAUAACAAUUCUCUGGAGACCAUCACCUUCUAUCUCCUCCAUUUAUCCUUGUUUCGAGAAUACCUCGACAUGGAAUUCCAUUCUAUCUCUCCCUCAUUACCAUUCGAAUAUUCCCUCGAACGGGUUAUAGACGACUUCAUUUUACUCGCCGCAUUCGUUGGAAACGACUUCCUUCCUAAUCUCCCCGAUCUACACAUACAUGAGAAUGGAUUGGAGAGGUUAUUUGAUGUCUACAAGCGCGUCUUACCGUCACUUGACGGUUACAUCAACCAGGCAGGAAUAAUAAACAUGUCACGACUGCAGAGUAUCUUAGAUGAAAUGGCGACUUGGGAGCAAGAGGUGUUCGAGAAAGAGUAUGCAGAUCUGGGGUGGUUCAAAGGCAAGCAAUCCAAGGAACUGGAGAAGCUGGAGCAGGCUAGGAAAAACAAGGGGCUGAUCCUCACACCAGAACAGCGAGAGUUAUUCGAGAGGGUGAGGGCUUUCGCGUUAACGAAGAUGAACCAAGACGGCGAGAAGCUACGUAUCAUAAACGAUUUACCUGCUAAGGACCGGACAUUCUUGGCCACGCUUGCAGAAAACCUUAACUUGGAUGCGGCAUGGGAUGAGUAUGACGAUGAUGGGAAUAACCUUCUGGUUCUGUCGCUCCCUGUCGAAGAAGAAGAAUCGGAUGACGAGGUCUCUGCAGCGGAGUCGGAGGCGGCCAUACAUCGUGUACUGAAUAAGUACGCUAAAGCACCCGUCAGUGCACCUCAAGACCCAGACAAAGCCUUGAGCGACAAAAUGGUCGAGUGGAAAAAGGACUAUUAUCGCUCAAAAUUGGAGAUAGACUAUGGCUCUGAGGAACAGAUGAGCCGCCUAAUUCGUCGAUAUGUUGAAGGUUUACAAUGGGUUAUGCAUUAUUACUUCUCAGGCGUUGCCAGUUGGGGUUGGUUUUACGACUAUCAUUAUGCACCGAGGAUCAGCGAUCUGAAAGGAGUGGCCGACAUGAGUUUCGAGUUCGAUUUGGGGAAACCUUUCAAGCCGUUUGAGCAGCUCAUGGGCGUGCUCCCAGCUGCAAGUAAAGACCACGUGCCACAGGCGUACUGGAGCUUGAUGACAGAUCCUCUCUCACCAAUAUCUCAUUUCUACCCUACGUCGUUCGAGCUUGAUCUAAAUGGGAAAAAACAAGACUGGGAAGCUAUUGUCAAGAUCCCUUUCAUCUCCGAAUACGAGCUUCUCGCUGCGAUGUCGAGUCGCGAACAUCUACUCACUUCUCAGGAACGCCUUCGAAACACCUUUGGGACUUCCACUAGAUUCACUUACGCGGGUGCCGAUGCCGAGCCAACGGAAUAUCCCAGUUCACUUCCUGGGUUCUUCCCCCCACUGUAUCGGUGUAUGUGUAGAAUGGAAGUCUUCGACCUACCCCUCCUUCACGGUUUAGACUUAGUUUCCGGUCUAAGAGAAGGUGUUUUCCUCGGGAAAGACGCGCUAGCAGGGUUUUCCUCGUUGAAAUCUCUACCUCACUCAGGCGUCGCAAUUGGAUACCAGCACGUUAACGUGCAUGGUUCCGAGUCGCGAAAUAAAUCUGUUGUCGUGACGGUUAACAAUACAUUUGAAAACAGAAAGUCGGAGAACAUUGCGAAAGAGUUGGUCGGAAGUAGGGUGUGGAUUGACUGGCCGUUUUUGAGGGAGGGUCUGGUGGCGGCUAUUAGCGAUUCACUAUUCAGGUAUGAGAAGGCCAAGUUGGGCGGAAGAGAAAAGGUCGUCAGCACUCCGCAUAGCCAAGCAGGACUUGGACAUUGGAGAUCAAAGGCACAGCGGAUAGAAGAUGUUUAUUCGAAGAGGUGCGGUGUCGUGACCGGGGAGGUAGAGGUUUUAGUGCAUGUGAGACCGUUGAAAGGGCUCAAACGGCUCGACACUGGGGCUUUCGUCAAAGACUACGAGAGCGAAGACAAAGAGACGGAGCAAGCAUUACAGAUGUGCGUUAUAUCGGCAUCUGAGGAUCCACGCUAUCUUGAACGGCCAGCCCCACCUCUCGCUGAAGAGUUCCCUGAAGGAAGUAAAAUAUUCUUCUUGGGCGAACACGCGUACGGUGUAGCUGCCCAGGUCAGCAAGACAGACGAAGAAGACCGGACCUUGAGUGUUAUUUUAGCGUUCUUCCCAUCGGACAAGGCUGAACGGGUGAAAUUCAAGGAGAUCGUAGAAGCUUCAAAUAUACCCGCGAUCUCAUCGAAGUCCAAUGGUGCUUACGUUCCCUCCUACAUUGCUGCAAACCAGGUCAACCUCUCAGGACGCGCGUUAUCUAAGAUAACGUCUUCAUUCAUGGUCUUAACUUCCGAUAAUCAGAAGCAUAAUCUAGGGUUGUGUCUAAAGUACGAGGCGAAGUCGCUGAAAGUCAUUGGAUAUACACGCAAAGACAAGGAGGGAGGAAGACAUUGGGAAUUCAGCCAGAAAGCAUUGGCGUUGAUCAGAGAAUAUAUUCAACGGUUCCCGGAGGUUUUCGACGCUUUGGAGGCUGAUAGCAAAGGAAAUAAUGGUGAUAUGAUGGUUAGAGCUGACUCGUUCUUUGGUACUGGAUCGCAAAAUCCGGAUGCGAAAGUCAAGGAGAUCAAGGCCUGGUUGAAGAGCAAAGGCGUACGAGACUUUGAGCCGGUGUCGUUGUUUUGCAAUCAGUUGGAGAAGGACACCGUGAUACAAAUUGAAAAACUUGCAGACUCUUAUACCGCAACACGAUCUAGCGCUGCGAUCAAAAAGGCUAUCGUAAAGGGGAUUCCAAGGCAAGCUGUUCUGAAACCCUCAGACGCCGUAUACCGACUACAGGGUCAAAAGUUCGCUUUGGGCGAUCGAGUGACUAUGAUCAAGGACUCGGGAGGCGUUCCCCUGUCUGCAAAAGGAACUGUCAUUGGCCUCGAUGCUAAAGGUAUGGAUGUAGUCUGGGACGUUCCAUUCAUGAGUGGCGGGACGUUAGGCAACAGAUGUUCACAGUAUCGGGGAUCGACAGUGGAUUUUAGCACGUGCUUGAAUUUGAGCAACCCUCAGUUUAUUACCUCGACAAAUUCCAAGGCUCCACCUCCACCUCCCAACACCAAUUCGGCCUUCAAGCCUCGCAUUGGUCCUCAGCCAAAUUUCCUCCCACCUCAAGGACAGCAAAGUGGUUCCGGAUGGAGGUCUGCUCCAGUUACACCCUUGGCCAACCCCACAGUCUCAAUCAUGACCAAUCCUAAUCGUGGCCGAGGAGGUACUCCUGUGAGAGGUGGUACAACAUCUGAUGCCCAGACGAGAGGUCCAUCAGCUAACGUCAACGGAGUAGCUAAACAUGCUGCGUCUACAUCACCGACGAACAGUAACUUUACUCCGCUCACGGGAAACCCAGUUGCAACCGUACGCCAUCCCGCUCGGGGCGGGUUUGUUUCUCGUGGUGGUGCAAGGGGCGGGGGGGACCCGUCGCCCAGAAGAGGAGGGCGUGGUGGUGGUUUCCAAAACGGUUUGUAUGAUCGUGGAAGGGGAAGCCCUCGAGGGUUUUACAAGGGCCGAGGAAGAGGUGGACACCCUGCACCACCGUUAGGGUCGUAAAUGAUUUCGAGGUAUGUGAACAAACUAUGUGCAAGGAUGUAUGUAUGUAGACUAAGUCCAUAAUGUAUGUACCGCUAUUCGCAGUCGGAUUCUUAUUGUACAAUCAUUGUAGCGAACAUAGUCAACGUUUGGCGUACCAC